CCGUGGGCCCUCCCACCGCUAUUGUGCUGGGGAAGAUGUAGCGGCCUCUUCUCCGAGCCACCCCUUUGCCUCCGGACUUCUCUGGGGCCAGCAGCCACCCGACCAGGGGCCCGGGGCCGUGGGCUCAGCCGACUACCAUGGGCUCUGUGUCAAACCAGCAGUUUGCAGGUGGCUGCGCCAAGGCGCCGGAGGAGGCGCAGGAGGACGCCGCCCGGGCGGCCGAGGAGCCGCAGCUGCUGCACGGUGCCGGCAUCUGUAAGUGGUUCAACGUGCGCAUGGGGUUCGGCUUCCUGUCCAUGACCGCCCGCGCCGGGGUCGCGCUUGACCCCCCGGUGGAUGUCUUUGUGCACCAGAGCAAGCUGCACAUGGAGGGCUUCCGGAGCCUGAAGGAGGGUGAGGCAGUGGAGUUCACCUUUAAGAAGUCUGCUAAGGGCCUAGAAUCCAUCAGGGUCACCGGCCCUGGUGGGGUGUUUUGUAUUGGGAGUGAGAGGCGGCCCAAAGGGAAGAACAUGCAGAAACGCAGAUCAAAGGGAGACAGGUGCUACAACUGUGGAGGUCUAGACCACCAUGCCAAGGAAUGCAAGCUGCCACCCCAGCCUAAGAAGUGCCACUUCUGCCAAAGCAUCAGCCAUAUGGUGGCCUCGUGUCCCCUGAAGGCCCAGCAGGCACCCAGCUCUCAGGGAAAGCCUGCCUACUUUCGGGAGGAAGAAGAAGAAGAGAUCCAUAGCCCUGCCCUGCUCCCAGAGGCCCAGAAUUGAGCUACAGUGGGUGGGGGCAAUUCUUUUGUGAUCAGGAAGUUUUGAGGAGGAGGCAGCAAUCGGCAGAGUGGAGAAAGUGGAGAAAGUGGGGGCAGGGCGGGUAGGGGGCAGCUGGCUCUGCCGUGCAUCUCAGGCCGGGGUCCACAGCAUCACCCCCUCUUCCCUCUUGGCGCAGGGUAGGGGGGAAGGGGUGAGGCCAAUGAACUCCAACCAUGCUCUAUCCAGAUGCUCUUGAGGGGUUUUGGAGAAAAUCCCUCCCUGUGUGCUUUAUCUGAGUGUCCACCCCCGGAUCUCCAACUUUGGAACGUGGCCUGGGAGAGGGAAAUGGUUUUCCUUUUGAAGAAGGAGAUGUAAUAGUAAUUUUUCCCAUGUCAGAAUGUAGAGAUUAAGCAUGAGACCAGAUUGAUGGGCCCAACCCACGAACCACUACAUUUUGUGGGCAGGAGUCUCUUGGGGGUAAGGCAGGGUUUUUCCACAUCUUGUCUCGUAACCCACUGUUGGGAUAUAGGGUGCCGAGGACUGUCUCAAGCAGUGGGUUGUGACAGUAGCCACAGGAUGGUUGGGGGAACGGCCACAGACCUACUGUUCCUAAGCUGACUCCCACCCCAUUCCGGGCCAACAGAAUUUUAUUUAUUUGCUCCCAUGGAUAAGCGCACCUUGGGCCCCACUUUCUCCAGGAUGCCAACUGCACUAGCUGUGUGCGAAUGACGUAUCUUGUGCAUUUUAACUUUGUUUUCGUAAUAUAAAUAUUCUGGUUUUGUAUUUUUGUGUAUUUUAAUCUUAAGGCCCUCAUUCCUGCACUGUGUUCUCAGGUACAUGAGCGAUCUCAGGGAUAAGUCGGCAGCAGCUCCGGGUCUACACAGCAGGAAUGUUUGCUGUUUGAGCACCAGGGCGAACAUCUAGUUGGAGUGCAUAGCCUAUUGAACUACCUCACUUUUGGCAAUUAGAGCUGGCUUUUCUGCCAUAGUGUUCUCUUGAAACCCCUCUACCUUCAGUGAUCCGUGGGAGACUAGGUUUUAACUCUGUUUCCCCAUGACUUGACCUCCUGCUUUAAGAUUGGAAAUUGGUCUGAACAGGAAAAGAUGGUCCAGGAAGUAGUAUUAGGAGAGGCUGCACCAGCUGAAAGGUGCCGAGGGGGAAGCCCAGAUUAGUUGUCUAUAUGUGUAAUAAGGGAUUCCUGUUCCAGAUUUCUAAUCCCAGGGGACAGGACUCACUUUACAUACCAGAUGCAUCCUCUACUGGAUUGGGGCUAGGCCUACCAUGCACAACAGGGUGUAUGUGUGUGAGUGUGUGUGUGCUCAUGCGUAUUUUAAAAUGAGUUGGUAAGGUUGGGUUUAAGAAUAAUAACUCUGGACCCAUCUUGAGCUGCCCAGGGAUGGGUGUGUGAAGCAAAGGCUAAAUUUCUUAACCUUUAUAAAUUCUGGGCUUUUCUUGCUGGCUUCCAGAGAUUCCAUAAGCCAUGGCUUCUUCGAGGUGCCCAGAGCCAGUGCCAUGCCCUGCUGUAGCAGUGAUAGUGUCGUGGUAGCUAAAGGAGAAAAGGUUUUAUUUACAUACUGUGAGAUCACCACAAACCUACUUCACUGUUGAAAUGGGGCAAAUGCAAUAGAACGCAUUGGGUGAUGUGUGUCUGAUCCUGGGUUCUUGUCUACCCUGCUCGUUGCCCCCUCCCCCCCCCCCCCAGUUACCUUAUUUGUCUGGGUUUCGUAGGACUUCACUAAUAGCAGAUUGGGUGAUUGCUAGGUGGCCUGGUUUGUGUAAAUAGAAUGUGUUGGUCUUCUCCAUGUUCUUUUGGGGUUUUAUUGUUUACAAACUUCUCUUUGUAUUGAGAAAAAUAGCCAAAGCAUCUUUGACAAAAGUUCUGCACCAGGAAAAGAAUCUGGAACAUCGCUUGGUGAUCCUCUGGAAGCGUGGCGAUCUUAAACCAGCCUUUCUUUUGUGUUCCCUUCCCCUAUUUCCUAUUUUGGGCCAGAUCUUCUGUCCUAAAAACCUGACUCCUACCCUACCCCUCAUUUAUCUCCCCUCCCCCCAAAAGCCCCCACACAUACACAUUUCCAUCUGGUAGGAGCAAAGAACACUUCCUCCCUUGUUCCCAGUCUCCUGUGCCAAAACCAUUCCUUGAUGUGAUUCAUAUUAAUAUGCUUAUAUUUGGUUGGAAUAAACCUACUUGAAUCUCCAGUCUUAGGGUAGAGAG